GGAAUUCCUGCCAUUGUUCAGACAGGACGCUGCUUUGGGAGAAGAGGCAAAUCCAACCCCCAACUUCCUUCCCACGGCAUUCGAUUGGAAUCCUCUCGGCGUUCCAAGAGAACGUCGCGUUCCCCAGCGAUCCAUCCUCCCAUUGUUCUGGCCGAACGCUGCGUCACUCGGCAUUCGAACUCAGUGUUACCGUAACAAGCCCUGCUCAUUCUCAGCCAAUACCGCGAUCGACCCCCCCCAAAAAUCAGUGCUUCCCUCAGCCCGCAUUUAAAGGGCCCCCGUAUCCAAAGCCUCGACUUGAUUCCCGGAAGUGACGGCCCCUUUGUGAAUACCGGAGAUCGGUGGAAGAUGGCGGCUCGGUUCUAUGCUGAAGUCUGAGAGCUCGAGGUUCUGAUUUCUGGGGACUUCCCAGCUAAGAAUACUUGGAUUUGCUCUGAUAAAUGGGAAUCUAUCAGUUAACAGCAUGGCCCAGAUAUCCAGUCGAAAUGGAUUCAAGCAGUCAGCACCUGCAACAGUGGGUUACUCUGGGAAGCGAGCUGUUGGCAAAGAGGAAGCCCUGCAAAUGGAGGCUGAAGCCUUGGCUAGGUUGCAGAAAGAGAGAAGCCAAACUUUAAAGGAGGAUCAUCCAGUGAGGUCUGCCAGCAAUGCAUGUCAGAAAUGUCCAAAUGCCGUCCAGGAAUAUGACCUUAUUCACUUCCCUGAGGCAGAAAGCUCAAAGAAACAAGCUGCUGAUGCUCUGUCUGACCUAGAUAUAGAGAAUUUAACCUCAGCCGAACUGGAAAAACUGUUGUUGGACCAAAACUUUGGUCCUAAAAAAAUAACUCCACCUCGUACAUUACCAAGCACCCCUCUUGUAAGUCCAUCGUUCUCGAGCCCAUUUUACAAUCAGGCACUGUUUUCUGGGGGACAGUGGACAGGUGGAAUACAGGGGCCUGUGGUCCAAUCAAGUGCUUAUCCUGCAAGACCAGUGACAUACCCAAAACAGCCUGAUCCAUUUCAAAAUGGUUUUGGACCUGGUCUUGGGCAGUCUUCAUACAGACCUUCAGACCCUAUUUAUAUUGGUCUUCAUACACAUCAGUACAUACCUUUCCCACUUCAGACUACUACAACUGUAUGCCCUGCAGGAGUUAUUCCGCCUUAUUCAGCAGUACCCCCUGAACUGGCAAAGCUAUAUGAUAAAAUAGCCAGCACAUCAGAAUACUUGAAAAAUAGCAAGUCCAGCAAUGAUUUGGAAUCAUCCAGUACUAUGGUUCCUAAGUUGCCAGUUUGUGAAAACUCAAACGAUGUCAGCAAGUUUGACUGGCUAGAUCUUGACCCACUCAAAGCGAGGAUCGAAAACGUGGAGUUGUCGUACAGCGCAACGGAUAUUGAGGUGAAAGUGGACACAGGCGCUGUUGCUGGGGAUCCUUGGGAGCAAGUGCUACAAAAGCAAAGUCCAUCAGAAAGCAGCCCACCUGACAUGAAGAGUGAGGCGGCACCAUUCAAGCAGCCAGGUGGGAAAUCUCCGUCUGGAGUUUCAGUGACACGAAGUAUAUCUCUUAACCUACGAUCCACAAGUUCACAGUUUUCUGACCAGGGACGGAACAACAGAUCUUCACAGAUUGACAAUGGGACCAGUAAUUAUCUUAAAGGUGAAAAUAUUCCAGAACAAAUUUAUUCACAAAAUGAGGAGGUGGCAGCUUUUUGGCAAGAACUUAUUAAACUACGAUCCACAUUUCCAUAUAGUGACCACUCCACAAAUCCAGGUUAUAUUUUGAGUCCUGUUAUGCUUCACCGUGAUAUGAAUGGAGAAAAUGCUAGUGUGAAGGUCUCCAUAGAGAUUGAAGAGUUUCAGGAGCCAGUCACGUUCACCUGUGAUGUAAGCUCCCAUGUAGAGCUUAUCAUAAUGCAAGCUUUGUGCUGGGCACAUGAUGACCUAAAUAAGGUUGACAUUGACAACUACAUACUGAAAGUCUGUGGACAAGAGGAAGUAUUACAGAAUAAACAUUGCUUAGGCAGUCACGAAUACAUUCAGAAUUGUCGCAAGUGUGAUGCUGAGAUCAAGCUACAAUUAUUAAACCGCAGUACAAUGUCCAGAGCUAUGUCCCGCAUGGCAGAAGAUGAUAAAACACCUACAGAUCUUGAGAAGUAUCUCUGCCAGGUUGAAAAGCCUUUCAAAGACGUUAUUACGAGGCAAUCUCUUGAUGAGCUUCUGGACGUUUAUCAUACUCGCACGAAAGCAUGUCUUCAGAGAGAAGGGAAACAAUACAAAAUGGUGGAACAGAUUAUCCAAUCUGUAAAGGAUAUUUGCAGUGCACUGGACGGUGCAGAGACCAAGGCUGUCACUGAUGCUGUAAAGAAAUUAAAACGUGCUGUUAAUCUUCCAAAAAGUAAAACUGUUGAGUUCCUGUUACAUCUGUUUGCAGAUCAGGAAGUACGAAGCACAGCAGUGAACUGGAUUGGAGUAAUGAGUGAUGAUGAACUGGUUGAUUAUCUCCCUCAAUUUGUAGAGGCUGUGAAGCAUGAAUGUUAUUUAGACAAUGCAUUAGUGAAAUUCCUUUUGUCUCGAGCUUUGGGAAAUGUUGCUGUAGCACACCACUUACACUGGUUAUUGAAAGAUGCACUACAUGAUCCAAAUUUUGGAAUGCGCUAUGAGCUACUUCUAGGAGGCCUGCUAUAUGUAUGUGGAAAAGGCUUGAGAGAGGAGUUUGAGAAACAGACCAGGCUGGUACGGAAACUGGGAGUGGUAGCAGAAAAAGUGCGGCAAGCUAAUGGAUCAACAAGACAGAUCGUGCUUCAGGAAGGAAUGGAUCGGGUCCAGUCAUUCUUCAAAAAUAAAUGUCGCCUGCCCCUUAAUCCAAGCCUGGUGGCAAAAGAAUUGAAUGUUAAGGCAUGUUCCUUCUUCAGUUCCAAUGCAGUUCCACUAAAGGUAACACUGGUGAAUGCUGACCCCCUGGGAGAUGAAAUCAAUAUUAUGUUUAAGAUUGGUGAAGAUUUGCGACAAGACAUGCUUGCCCUUCAAAUGAUCAAAAUUAUGGACAAAAUCUGGCUUCAGGAAGGGUUGGACUUGCGCAUGGUCAUCUUCAAAUGUAUCUCCACAGGAAAGGAUAGAGGGAUGGUUGAACUUGUACCAGCUUCAGAAACACUGAGAAAAAUCCAAGUUGAAUAUGGAGUGACUGGCUCAUUCAAGGACAAACCACUAGCUGAAUGGCUCAGGAAGUACAAUGCCACUGAAGAAGAAUAUGAGAAGGCAUCUGAAAAUUUCAUUUAUUCAUGUGCGGGCUGCUGCGUUGCGACAUAUAUACUGGGAAUAUGUGAUCGUCAUAAUGACAACAUCAUGCUCAGAUCAACUGGCCACAUGUUCCAUAUAGAUUUUGGGAAGUUUCUCGGACAUGCACAAAUGUUUGGAACUUUUAGAAGAGAUCGGGCUCCAUUUGUACUGACCUCCGACAUGGCUUAUGUGAUUAAUGGUGGGGAAAAACCAACCAGCCGAUUUCAGUUAUUUGUAGAUUUGUGCUGUCAGUCCUACAACCUCAUUCGCAAGCAUGCCAACCACUUCCUCAAUCUCCUGUCACUGAUGCUGUCUUCUGGAUUACCAGAACUUACUUCUGUGCAGGAUCUGAAGUACGUCCAAGAUGCUCUGCAGCCACAGACUACUGAUGCUGAAGCGACAAUCUUCUUCACUAGGUUGAUAGAAUCCAGCUUGGGCAGCAUGGCUACAAAAUUUAAUUUUCUGAUUCACAAUUUGGCACAGCUACGGUUUUCAGGUUUACCUUCCAAUGAACAAGCUAUGCUUUCAUUCUGUCCUAAAAUCUAUUCUCUAAAGCAAGAUGGUCGAAUCAAAGAAGUGACUAUUUACACCUACCAGAAGAGGUACAACCCAGACAAAUACUAUAUAUACGUGGUGAGGGUAUUACGGGAAGGGCAGAUUGCUCCAGCGUUUAUCUUCAGAACGUUUGAUGAAUUCCAGGAGCUCCAUAACAAACUGGGCAUCCUUUUUCCCCUUUGGAAACUUCCAGGCUUUCCCAACAAAGUGGUCCUUGGACGAACACACAUUAAGGAUGUGGCCUCCAAGCGGAAAGUAGAGCUCAACAAUUAUGUCCAGUGUCUGAUGAAUGGUUCAGCGGAAGUAGCUGAGUGCGAUCUCAUCUACACCUUCUUCCACCCACUAAGCCGUGAUGAGAAGGCUGAAGGAAUUGAUGGAAUUGUCAAACCCUCUGAAAUUGUUUUGCCAAGUCCCAAUACGGGUCAAGUGGGAGGAGAAGUUAAGCUGUCAAUCUCAUACAGAAACAAUACCCUGUUCAUUAUGGUAAUGCACAUCAGAGACUUGGUCACGGAAGAUGGAGCAGACCCAAACCCUUACGUAAAAACCUAUUUGCUUCCUGAUCCACAUAAAAUAACCAAGCAUAAGACCAAGGUAUCAAGGAAAACUCAAAACCCAACUUACAAUGAAAUGUUGGUGUAUAGUGGUUACAGUAAAGAAUCGCUUGAACAAAGGAAAUUGCAACUGAGCGUGUUAAGUGCGGAAUCGUUGAGAGAGAAUGUUUACUUGGGUGGUGUCACGCUAACUCUGAAAGAGUUUGAUUUGAGCAAAGAAACUAUUAAUUGGUACAAACUGACUGCCGUUCCCAGUGCAUAAGACCCACUCCUCAUUGUGUGGAAUUGGAAUGUGUGGUAAAGUGUCUCCCGAACUCCUGCAAUUUUUUUUUUACUUGAAAGAAAUAUGUAACUGUGGGCAAUCAGCAAAUUACAGCUGAUGAACUUCACCAGUGGACCAAACUAUUUUGAUGAAUCACAAAUUUGGUUGCAUGCACUUAAUGUCACCUUCAUUUUAUAUCUAUUUUUGAUUAUUUCAGAUUAAAUAAUGAAGGGACUCCGUGUGCCAAAGUAAAAUACUGAAGCACUUCGCUGCUUGUGAGCAAGAAAUGGUGCCAAUUACUGUCACGCUACAAAUUCUGUUCAAGGUGCUAGGUUCACUGACUAAUUUAAAGGCACAUAGAAUUCCCUGGGUAAAGCACCAAUGAGAUAAGCCACUAGGCAUUAAUUGCCAUUAUUGCACAUUUCAAAAUUGCUUUAAGUAGAUCUGAGUUCAAAAGGGUGCAAGUAGUAAUGACCCUUGAAUUUUUUUUUUGUGUAGUACAUGUUUAGAAUGAAGAUUCAAGUUUUUUUUGAAAAUGCUUUUUCUGUAAACACUAAUUCUUCACUCAGAUUAUAAUCUCGAAGCAGGUUUUCUUUUAAUUGAAAUUUCAGUUUUAUAAACAGCCACACCACUCUUUUUGUGCUCUGUGAGCUGAGACUGUUCACUUGUGCUAGUGGUAGCUCAUAGGUCAAAAGCAUUCAUGGCAUUGAAGAAGAGCCAUCAUUAAUAACCAGUGCAGACAGAUAUUAAUCCAUGCAAGUGUAAAAUGUGUGUGGAAAGAUUGAACAAACGUCCACCAAUUCACAGGUAGAUUUCAACCAGUUAUGAGGUAGGUAAAGCAACCCAAAAGUGUAUUGAAAAGCAAAUUUUUGGUUGAAGUUAUGAUUUCAACUAAAGCUUGUACUAUCAUACGUUUUAGUGAGUCCAACAUUUUUGUUGAAGGAUAUUGACUUCUGAGUCACUUAAGUAUUACUGCGAUCAACAUUUCAAAGAUUUAGCCUACAUAAAGAAAUGUGGAUCUCUCAAAAAUGUUGUCAAAUGUUACUUUGAGCCAUUUUUUUAAAAGUAAAGGUAAAAUAUAAUCACUUAACAAACCAAGUGCUCAGAACCUUAAAUAUAAAGUUGAAUAGUUAUAAUUGAAAAAACACAUUAAUUUAAGCAUCUCUCUUUGGUGUGUAUACUAUAUUUUGCUGGAAUUCUUCAUUGGCAAAGAAGCAUGAAGUGAUAAUUUAACUAACAAUUACAAUAUAGAGUGGAGAAAACAAGACUGAAACUUACUCAACGUAGUGGCUGGCUGACUGACUGAGUUUUGGAUUGCAUUCCACACUUCUGCCGUUGCAAAUAGCUGUGCGAUGGUUAGUCAGAUCCAGAUGUACUGUCAAUACAUUGAGUUUUGACUGACAGGUAUGUUUUUGUUUCUAAGAACCAAGAAGGAUGUCCAGAAAUUCUGAGAAACUGACACUUGAAGCCUUUGUUUUGCUGUUGUACCUUUUUUCUUUAAUUUCAAUCCUCUUGCUCCUGUUCCAAAAAAGACUUUUCCUUCAUACAUAGCUAUGCAGCAAUCCUUAACAAUACACUAGCAUCUGGAGCAGUAGCAAAUGCAAGACUUGUAGCUGUUUGGAAAUGCAGAACGGUUCAUGUUACAAAACUGGAGGUAUUUUGUACUUCUUGACAUCUUCUGCAGCAUUCAAAUCAUGUACAUUACUGGCAAGCUACGGGCUUUCUCAGCAAUUUGCAAAUCAUUCUGCGGAGAUGUUUCUGCAAACUUGCAGUUGCCAUGUGUAACCUUGGAUGCUUCUGAAUAAGACAAAUUUGCACAAACUUUACCAUGUAGUGUUUUGUUAUUUUAUUAAGACCUGUUGUGUUAGGUUUGAACUAAUGGGUGAUGAAAUAAAAAUAACUUUCAGCUAUGCUAAUGUUAGAAGUCUGCAGCAUUCCCUUUUCCCCUGUAUCAUAAAAAUGUUGCAUUUAACCCAGCUUAAUCUGCAUUAUGAAAGUAGCAUGUCUGUUGUCAAUUCUUAUAAAUAGCUAAGCUUAUCGAAGGUUCUUCGGGCUGUGGCUUCUAACCAUUCAAAUUUUGGUCUAUUGCAUGGCCUAUUGCAGAUUCCUGUGUGUUUAAAAUCAAAUUUUAAAUUGUCCAGCCAAAAAGAAAAACCAGUCAUUCCAUGGAAGAAUACUACCUUAAAGCUUAGGACAAUUGAACUGAAAAUGUAGAUUUAAUUUAGUGUGCUAAAGGGUAAUUCCAAAACGUUCCUCUUUUGACAGGAGGAGAAAUGGUGAACCAUUUUGACAAAUACCAACUUGCUAAAUGAAAUUUUCCAUCCACCUUUACUGUUACAAUUGAAUGUGCAAAGAAGUUGCUCAUAAUGUUUCAUCUUUGUGGGGGGGGUGGUGGUUGGGGAAAUGAAAUGUUGCUGCUUUUUAAAUGUAAAUACCUUUGUAUUUUAAAAUUCUGAAUAUUCACUUUGAAUAAAGGCUUUAAAAAUAACCAAUUUAAAAUUAAUAGUUGACAGUCAGAAGGUGUUAACCAGAAGGUAACAUGUUUCAAAUGGACAGCAGAAGGGCAACAGAAGCACCUUCAGAGCAGUUGCGAUGAAAUGGAGGAUGUUAUAUUCACUUAUACUGGGCUGAAUUUAGGACUCUGAGAGAAACUAAAUUUUAGCCUUAAAAUAUGACUGCCCUUCUGUCUUAAUCAUGCUAUCAUUAAAAAUUUAUAUUUGCAGAGGUUACACAUUAAAUCUUUGCAGAUUAGUUCUUAAGUGGGAGACGGUGACAUUGUAACAAAUGAUCUGUGUGGAAGGGAGAAUAUCACACUAUUAUGGUAACUGUGAUCAUCAGUAAAUGUGGCUGUACCAAGCAUGAAUAUUAGUUGAACAUUAGGCACUGUGGAGUGUGAAAACUGUUGGCUUGACUGAUGUACAUUGCCCUCAGCUCUUAAGAAUCAAAUGUACCUCCAAAUCAUGUUUAUCUUUUUACUCAAUAAAGAUGUACAGUAUUUCUGUCUAAAUCCUGUCCAAUUCCUAAUGGACUAAAUGUGACUCCAUAACUAUAUUAAAUAUGU